AUGAACUUCCCCAAAGAAGAGGAGAAAGUUCUGGAGUUCUGGAAGGAAACUGAUGCCUUCCAGACUUCGCUGAAAAUGACGAAAGACCGUCCACGUUUCGUAUUCUACGAUGGACCUCCCUUCGCUACAGGCACACCCCAUUACGGUCAUCUUUUGGCUUCGACCAUUAAGGAUAUUGUGCCCCGUUACGCCACCAUGAACGGCUACUUUGUAGAGCGCCGUUUUGGUUGGGAUACACACGGUCUUCCUGUCGAGCAUGAAAUCGACAAGAAGCUUGGCAUCACCUCCAAGGAAGAUGUCAUGAAAAUGGGAAUUGAGGCAUACAACAAUGAGUGCCGAGCCAUUGUCAUGCGCUAUGCUGAGGACUGGCGCUACGUAGUCGGUCGUCUUGGCCGUUGGAUCGACUUUGACCGUGACUACAAGACAUUGUACCCUUCAUUUAUGGAGUCGGAGUGGUGGGCCUUCAAGACCCUGUUCGAUAAGGGACAGGUUUAUCGUGGUUACCGUGUCAUGCCUUAUUCUACUGGUUGCACAACUCCUUUGUCCAACUUUGAGGCCCAGCAGAACUACAAGGACGUUCUUGAUCCGGCCGUUUCUGUUGCUUUUCCCUUAGUAGACGAGCCGGAGACAUCUUUUGUCGCUUGGACUACUACCCCAUGGACGCUGCCUUCAAACCUGGGUCUUGCUGUUCAUCCUAACUUGGAGUAUGUCAAGGUUCGCGAUGAGGCUACUGGAAAGCAGUACAUUUUGCUCGAGAAAUUACUCACCACCAUCUACAAGAACCCCAAGAAGGAGAAGCUCACUAUUUUGUCUAAAAUGAAGGGUUCUGAGCUUGAAGGCAAAAAAUACGAGCCUCUGUUUAAUUUCUUCGUCGAGCAAUACCCCAAAGCUUUCCGCGUCGUUUGUGCAGACUACGUCACUGACGACAGUGGUACCGGUGUUGUUCACCAGUCCCCUUGCUUUGGUGAGGUCGAUUACGAGAAUAUGAUUGCCGCUGGCAUAACCAGUGUUGAGGACCCCGGUCCCGCUCCUAUUGAUGAUGCCGGUCGCUUCACCGCUGAGGUCAAGCCCUGGGCUGGUGUAUACGUUAAAGAUGCCGAUCGUCAGAUCGUUAAGGAGAUCAAGUCUCGUGGCAGACUUGUUCAUGACGCACAGGUUAUGCACUCGUAUCCAUUCUGCUGGCGUUCGGACACCCCGCUUCUUUACCGUACCGUUCCUGCGUGGUUCAUCCGUGUAAAGGAGCUGGUCCCUAAGAUUCUUGACAACCUAGAGAAGACCCACUGGGUCCCUGGCAAUAUCCGUGAGGGCCGUUUCGGUAACUGGAUCCGUAAUGCUCGUGACUGGAACGUUUCGCGUAACCGUUAUUGGGGUACACCCCUCCCCGUUUGGGUCUCCGACGAUUACUCGGAGAUGGUUUGCAUUGGCUCCAUUGCUGAGCUUGAGGAACUAUCUGGUGUGUCUCCCAUCAAGGAUUUGCAUCGCGAAACUAUUGAUAAAAUCACCAUUCCCUCAGAGAAGGGCAAGGGCACCCUCAAACGUGUUGAGGAAGUUUUCGACUGUUGGUUUGAGAGUGGUUCUAUGCCUUUUGCUUCUAACCACUAUCCUUUUGAAAACAAAGAGAACUUUGACAACUGCUUCCCUGCCGAUUUCAUUUCGGAGGGUCUCGAUCAGACCCGUGGUUGGUUUUACACUUUGACAGUUCUAGGAAACCACUUGUUCGGUACAUCGCCCUUCAAAAACUGUGUGGUUACUGGUAUCAUUCUCGCCGGUGAUGGUAAGAAAAUGUCCAAGCGCCUCAAGAAUUACCCCGAUCCCACUGCUGUCUUUGAUAGCUAUGGUGCCGACGCUGUGCGUUUGUAUCUUAUCAACUCUCCUGUUCUUCGUGCUGAGGCCCUCCGAUUCAAGGAGGAAGGUGUCCGUGAGGUCGUGUCCAAGGUCUUGCUUCCCUGGUGGAACUCUUACAAAUUCUUGGAGGAGCAGAUUUCGCUGUUGGCCAAGACCAGCAAUGUCAAGUUUGAGUACUCUCCUGACCGUGUUUCCUCCAACGUUAUGGACAAGUGGCUUAUGGCUACUCUCCAGGACUUGAUUGAGCAUGUCCAUACCGAGAUGAAGGUGUACCGCCUAUACGGUGUCGUUCCUGGUCUGCUCAACUUUAUUGAUAACUUGACCAACUGGUACAUUCGCCUCAACCGUUUGCGUCUCAAGGGUGAGAAUGGCGUCGAGGACACUUUGGAUGCGUUGAAUACUUUGUUCGAGGCCGAAUUCGUAUUUGUGCGCGCCAUGGCUCCUUUCACACCGUUCUUGGCCGAGACCAUUUACCAGAAACUCAAGCCCACUCUUCCUGCCUCGUUCGGUGAAAGCAAGGAUAUCACAUCUGUCCAUUUCUUGGACUACCCUCAACGCCGUAGUGAGUUGGUCGAUGAGACCACCAAGCGCGCUGUUGAUCGCAUGCGCAACGUCAUCGAUUUGGGUCGCGCCAUUCGUUUGCAAAAGACCAUUUCUUUCAAGGUUCCCUUGAAGACUUUGGUCGUUCUUCACCCCGACGAGUCGUACCUGGCUGACGUCCGUGCGUUGGAGUCGUUUGUUGUUGAUGAGCUCAACAUUGUUGAUCUCGUGCUCACCAGUGACGAGAAGAAGUACGGCGUUGAGUAUCGUGCUCAGGCCGAGUGGCCCGUUCUCGGCAAGAAGCUCAAGAAGGAUGUUGGUCGCGUUAAGAAGGCUUUGCCCUCGUUGUCAUCUGAGGACGUCGAGGGCUAUCUCAAGACCGGUAAGGUUCUUGUUGACGGCAUCGAGCUCGUUGAGGGCGACUUGCAGGUAGUUCGCGGUUUGUCGGAGUCGGCGACCGGUGCUGGCAAUGCUGUCAACAGCGACAAUGAUGUUUUGUUGAUUCUAGACACGACUAUUUACGAGGAUCUCGCUACCCACGGCACUACUCGUGAAUUUGUCAACCGCGUGCAGCGCUACCGCAAGAAGCUUGGCCUCAAGACCACAGACGAGGUCAAGGUUCAGUUUGAAGUUGUCAAGAAUGACGAUAUCAAUCUCGACCAAUGCCUGAGCCUGAACCCGGAGCUUCUGCAGAAGACUAUUCGGUGCCUGCCCGAGAAGUGGGCCGACUGCGACGCGGCCAAGGUUAUUGGCGAGGAGGAGCAGACUAUUGGAGACACCGUCUUCAAGCUGCGUUUACUGAAAAUGUAG